AUGACUUGGUCAUACUAUUAUUGUGAAGAAAUUGGUAUAAAUAGAGUAUUUUCAAGACAAAGUGAUUUGACACUGCAUAUCAUGCUAAGUCACCCUUAUAUUAGAGAUACUACAUCCGAGUUAACGACAACUAUUCAGCAAUAUUUAGAUGAUGAAAUAUGGAGAUUGCCACCACAAUCAGAAGAUUCUAAUGAUUAUUUUUUAGCUGAAUCUUUUAACAAAAAUGAAGCUGAGGAUAAUGACUAUGUUUCUCUAAUAGAGAUAGAUGAUGAAUCUAAUGUGAUGGGUGGUGAGUCUAAUUUAGUAGAGGAUGAGCCUCAA